AAAUUUUGCAACGCUUGCUCACGUGACGCGAGCGGAGUGGUCAGCCUGUUAAGGUAAUGCUGCCUUUGUAGACUGUGACACAUCUGAGGUUGAAAUGGUCUGAUGAGUUUGUGCACAACGUGUUGGAAGGCAGUUCCUCUGUGAGACUCAGUUGGACCAACAAACACAGCCUACUUCUCCCCAGACAAACCUCAAGCAGAGUGUACGAGGGAGUCGGAUCGAAAGCUUCCUUUUCAUCAUCUCACAGAAUCGAGCACUGCAUCCGGCCAUGAAAGUGACAACGAGAAUCAUGUUUUGCUUGUCAAUCAUACUGAAUGGUGUACGUUUGGGAGAGUCCCUGGGUGUAUCACUGAAGAGCUUAUCAGUGAAAGUGGGCGAGGAUGCCACUCUGGACUGCGCUCUGUCCACUAACUGUAGCAUUGCCACUGUGAGCUGGUACAAGCAGAGACAAGGAGAGAGGCCUGAACUGGUACUCAGCUACCGUCUGACCAACACCUCCCGUGUGCACUACGGCCAUGGCUUCCAUCCCGACAAGAUCACUGUCCAGACCAAUGAUAGCAGGCCACUUCACCAGCAUCAGUUACUGAUCCAUGGAUCUGAAGAGAAUGACAUGGCUGUUUAUUUCUGUGGACUAACAGAAGGAUUUGAAAGAACUGAUUUGUAGAGAUGAAUGUGAGGUGUACUAUGUAAUAACACUGUACUGUAUCUACAGGCUACUCUGUAUUGGUCUUCCAAAGCAACUGCUAAUAAACUCAAGUUGAUGUUG